UAAGCUCUUUUUAGGGUUUCCCAAGCUAGAGCUUUUUCCUCUCUUCUGCUGGGUUAGAUUUGCAGAGAAGUGCAACUUUCAAUGGCAGAAGAGCUUCAGUUCACACAACGAAUGGAUAACAAGCGGAAGUACGAAGAUCAAACAACUCCUCCACCUUCAUCAGCCCCUCGUCGAGCAACUGGAUUUUCUGCUCCGAUCGCUUCUCCAUCUCCAGAUUCUGCCCACUCCCAUCCUCCUCCUUAUAACAACGUGCCUCCACCCGUCGACGAGAUCCAGCUUGCGAAGCAACGCGCACAAGAGAUCGCUGCUCGUCUGUUCAACAAUGCCGAAGCCAAGCGCCCUCGUGCGGAAAAUGGUGGUCGCCCCGAUGACGUUAGUUACGGCUCUGCUCCGACGGAUAUUGGGCAGAAACCCCCUGGUCAAAUUGGUAUUGCCCCGUUUUCAACUGGACCUGCUUACGGUUUCCAGGGUGCAAGUAAGAAGAUCGAUAUCCCAAAUGGAAGGGUGGGUGUUAUCAUUGGGAAAGGUGGAGAGACGAUCAAAUAUCUUCAGCUUCAGUCCGGGGCAAAGAUUCAAGUAACGAGGGAUAUGGAUGCUGAUCCUAAUUCACUGACUAGAAUGGUAGAACUCAUGGGUACUCCAGAGCAAAUAAGCAAGGCAGAACAGUUAAUUACUGAUGUUCUUUCUGAGGCUGAAGCAGGGGGUUCUGGUGUAGUUUCUCGAAGGUUAACUGGGCAACCUGGAGCUGACCAAUUUGUAAUGAAAGUCCCAAACAACAAGGUUGGUUUGAUAAUUGGUAAAGGAGGGGAGACAAUAAAAAAUAUGCAAGGUAGUUCAGGUGCACGCAUUCAGUUGAUUCCAUUGCAUCUGCCUCCGGGAGAUACAUCAACGGAGAGAACUGUUCAGAUAGAUGGCACAAAAGAACAGAUUGAAUCUGCAAAGCAAUUGAUCAGUGAAGUGACCAGUGAGAAUCGUGUUAGAAAUCCAUCAAUGGCUGGAGGAUAUUCUCAGCAAGGCUACCGACCUCCACGGCCACCAACAAGUUGGGCUCCUCCUGGCCCUCCUCAAAUGCAGCAACCAGGCUAUGGCUACAUGCAGCCCGGUGCAUACCCAGGGCCACCACCUCAGUACAACAUGUCUCAGCCACCUUAUGCUGGCUAUCCAGCUCAACCAACGUCUGGUGGAUAUUCCUCUGGAUGGGACCAAACACCUGUCCCACCAAGUCAGCCAACUACUCCAGGCAGUGGAUAUGAUUACUACAACCAACAACCUCCGCAGCAGCAACAACCCCAUGGAGGAUCUUCAGCCCCAGCUGAAACCACCGCUUAUGGUUAUGUUCAACCCCAAUCAUCUGGUUAUGGUCAGCAGGGGUCCUAUGGCGAAUCAAAUUAUACACAGCCACCUGUGGGGCAACAGCAAGGUUAUCCUCAGGAUGGUUAUGGUGGUGGGUAUCAAGCACCAGCAUCUCAACCAGGUUAUGGUCAGCCGCAGCCUAAUUCUCAGCCUGGAUAUGAUCAUCAGCAAGGGUACAGUUCAGCACCGGGGUAUGGAAAUGUGGGUAACCCAACGCCAGAUGGGGCAGUUGCCUCAUAUGGCCCACAGGGUGGUUCUGCUCAAGCGCCUUCAUCUCAGCUAGUCCCGCCACCUGGCCAGCCUCCUGCCACACCUCAGCAAGGAUACUCAGGUCAGCAGCCUGGCACUACUCCCCCAAGCUAUCCUACCCAGGGUCCUGCUCAGCCAGGUUACGGAAUGCCGCCAACUUCACAACCAGGUUAUGGAAGCCAACCACCAGCUCAGUCGGGUUUUGGGCAGUCGGCACCACCAACACAACCAGGCUAUGGACCACCACAGGCCCAAAAGCCUCUUGGGCAACCACUUUAUGGGCAAGCCCAACAGCCUCCUAGCACUCAAGGGACCUAUAACCAGACUGUACCUACACAACCAGGGUAUUCACAUUCUCAGCCACCUACUACACAGUCUGGCUAUGCUCAGCCAGAUUCUAGUCACCAUCGCCCCCCAUCGGCAAGUUUUGGCUCAGCUGCUCUGCCAGGCUAUGGUCAGCAGCCAUAUGGUGGACCACCAACAGCUCAGCCAGGUUAUGGGGGACAGCAGCAGCCAUAUGGAGAUUCUUAUGGUGGUGGUUACACACAACCUCCAGUCUAUUCUACUACUGACAGCACUGUUGCAGGAACUGCUCACGGAGCUUAUGAUGCACCCACGGGCUCUCAGGCUGUUCAGCAGGCUGGAGUUGCAAAAACUUCGCCACACAGUUGAUUUUGUUACUAGUGGUUUUGGCCGCAUGGAUCUCUUUUCUUGCCUC